AUGGAAUCUCCAUUGUUAACCUUCGUUUUGUUGUACUUUGGGUUAUUUUCUGUUUAUGUUGAUUCCCAACAACAAUCGCCGCUGCCACCGCCGCCACCACCACCUCCUACCCCAUCUCCCCCGCCACCACCUUCACCUCCACCUCCACCUCCACCUCCAUCUCCGCCUCCAUCUCCACCCCCGCCAGUGUCACCACCACCCAGAUCUUCACAGCCUCCACCACCUCCAAGAAAGACACCACAUCGUCCAGGUUCAAGCCGCCCUAGGAGAAAACCACAACACAGAAAACUCCCUCCUCCUCCUCCUCCGCCUCUGUCGAAAAAUCUCAACUUUGGAAAGAAACUUGGAUUCAUAUUCGUGGGUUUAGCCGCGAUCUUACAGAUUUGUGCGGCGACUUUUUUGGUAAUCAAGAGGAGGCAUUUAAUCAAGACCCACGACAGACUUUAA